AUGGACUUGCUUCUCGUCCCCCCCGAUGCUACUCUGUCACGACAACGAGCACGGUACGUGUGCACAGAGCAGUGGGAUGGCGGCGCUUUCUUCACGUAUGCGAGGCGCCAAGGCCGCAUGCGAACCAUCCCGGCGCGGCUCCGACAGUAUACAACGCCCACGUCCGCGUCCACCAGCGAUGUCGACCUGCGUGGCGAGGAUGAGUUUACCGAGCCGGUCUGGCAGACACCACAGGCCGAGCAGGAGGCCUUCUUGCAGACGUGGCUCUUCUUUGGUCUCUUGGCGGAGUUCUUUGGCCUCAACGAAGACGGCAGCGGAGAACGUCUCGUCGACGCGGACACCGCACAAACGGAGAUUGCGGCCCUCUACAAGGAUUACGUCCAAGACGCCACCGACGAGAGUGGCACAAGGUCAAAUUACCUCACAGGUGCGCCGAUGCUGCUGGCCAAGGACGCGCCGCUUCGGAUCGUUGCCCGGCUGCGUCUUGCCGGCCCCAACAUCGAGCAGCGUGUCCAGCAUCUCCACCGGUGCCUGACCUUUAGCUGCUCUCUGCUCCACGGCGCCAUCCACGCGGCGUUUGACCCGGCUCUCAAGACGUCCAUUGCUGCCCUGGGCGAGCUUCUCUCCACCGGCUUUGCCACGGCCUGCGCCCUGCAACGAAUCCCUCGCGCCGGCGUGAGCUUUAGCUUUGCCUGGGCCGAUCGCUACCUGGAACCGCACAGCACGCUGGAACAGCACAUGCUCGCGCGCGGAUGGUGCAUCAGCGACGUCGAAAGGAUCCGCUCGACCCACCAGGGCCUGGGCACGCGGCACUACCUGAGCCAUAUGCGCACGCGCGGGCCUGCGCGCGACCACAGCUCGUGCUCCAAAGACGGCUGUGUCGCCUUUCAAAUUGACGCGUCUACCUACCGGCCGUCCCACGCACAGAGUGAAUGUGCCUGCCGACUGCAGUUCGUUGACGCCGCGGCCGUGUUGCGUGUCCUGCAGGAGACGGCCGUGUAUCCCGUAUUGCACAUGCAAAAACAUCCAGGUGCCGACGGCGAGAGCGCGGCGGCGGCUGUGGUGGAGCCGUACGCGGAAGGCAUGCCGUAUGUUGCCAUAUCACACGUUUGGGCCCAUGGCAUGGGCAACCCAACCGCAAAUGCUCUCCCGGCAUGCCAGAUUGCAAAAGUAGCAACGCUUGUGUCACAACUGCAGACGGCAACGUCUUCCGCGAACGAGGCAGUGCCAGACAAUGCAUCUGGGCCCACCUACCGUGUCUGGAUCGACACCCUGCUCUGUCCCAUACAGCCAGGCGGAAAGAAGCUCGCGCUGCAGCGCAUCCCCGAUGUCUACCGCAACGCCACACACGUCCUUGUCCUCGAUGCGUCGCUCAUGCAAUAUUCUGCCGACGACCUGUUGCCGGAAGAGAUUCUGCUUCGUAUAUUCAGCUCGUCCGCCUGGAUGCGGCGUUUGUGGACUCUGCAGGAGGGCGCCCUGGCCCAGUCUUUGUACUUUCAGUUCGCCGACCAUGCCGUUGCCCCAGCAGACGCGCUGGCGAAACUGUACGCAAAGGGCCUGGCGGACGCCCGGUACAUGCGGAUCUGGCAAGACAUGUCCACCGAGCAUGUGCACCUCCGCGGCUGGUUCCGGUCCAUCGACGACCAAGAAAGCGCCUCGACACUGAGCCUCGUCAACCUGCAGCGGGCCCUCCACUUCCGCACCGUGUCCAACCCGGCAGACGAGCCCCUGUGCAUCGCGACACUGCUGUCCCUCGACCAGACGUACGUCAUGGCCGCAUCCCAUGUGCAGGACCGCAUGGCCCGUGUUUGGGCGCUCGUCGCUGAGAAACUCGGUGGCUCGGUACCUGCACGCGUACUGUUCUCGUCGGACGAGACACUCGACAUACCCGGCUGGCGGUGGGCGCCUCGCAGUCUACUGGGAGCCAGCCACGCCGCCAAUGGCCCCGUCAUGGACGUCCAUCACCGCAUUAUGCGGUUCCGCGACUGGCGGUCGGGCGACACCGUAUCUGACAAUACGACGACGAGCACUUCUGACACCGGCACACCAACACCAUGGGGUCUCCGUGUUCAAAUGGGAGGCUACAUGCUAAGAUCGGUUCCCUUGCUGCCGGACUUGCCUCUUCACCCCUGGGAAUGCGUGGCAGGCUCCCGCGAGGACUUUAUAUAUGUGAAGCACGAAGCGUCGGGUCGGUGGCUCCGUCUUAUGGACGUGUACCGCAUGGAGAUGGCCCGGACAUGGUCGGCAGAAGAGCGGCGCCUGUACGACGCCAAGGCCGACAACCGACUGUGUCGCCUCAUCGACGGCGGUCGACAAGCACUGCUGUGUGAUGUACACUUGCACGAGGGACAUGCGCAUCCCACUCUCAUGGUCCAAUUGGAACAUGCAUGGGACCAGCAGAGCGGGACGCGCACCGACGAAGAAAAGUAUGGGACGCGACACACCCUACGAGCACGGCGCGAACGGAUGGUCAUCCUCGAGUGGGCGAGCCCUGCCCAUGCUGUUGUUGCAGAUGGUCUUAAAGAGCUUGCCCUGCAAGUUGCCAACAGCGACGCUACGACGCAAUUUCUAGACGACAUGGCCAAUGCCACAGACUGGAACCAAGGUCGACGGGCUUUGGAAACAGUACAAGAGGUUAUGAAGGCAGCUAUGGCAGCAAAGUGGACGUCGGAUCCGGCCUUUGUGGACGCUGUGUGGGACUCGCGCGGGCCCAAUAUGGAAGACGUGCUCUGGGCAGAGAUUCCGAUGCGCUUUUCCCAUAGGAUUGUCUGCGAUGACGUCUCCGCGUCGCAAGUCUGGUUGGUUGACUAA